UGAAGAGCAAAAUUGUUGUACCCUCUCUGUCCAAUGGGCUGGCGGGAUUCCCUGUGGUCCAGGGGGACUUGCGUAACACCUCCUUGGUCGCAGAGGCGCUCCUGCAGUCUGGCGAAAAGUUCGAUGUGGUCACUGCGUGGGGCUUGAAUUACCUGCCAGCGGAGGUGUUCGCCGUACUACUAGACGCCUGUUUCUGUCCUCUGGCGCGGGACUUUCGUAAUGCCGGAAAGUUUCGGAGGGGCCAUGGUUCCGGCAUUACCGCUGCAGCAGCCACAGUUGUCUAGGUGCUGUAGCCGUCGCAACGCCCAGUAUGUUGGGACAUCGCGGCAUUCGCGUUUCACGUCCGUCGCGGACUCGUCGUGGAAUUCGUUGUCGGCGAUGUUGGGUUGCAUUGUAGUUUGCUGUCGUCCUCGCUGUGGUCCGUUCUCUCCCCCACACCCGCUUGAGCAAGACGGACGUGCCCCCCCGCCCUGACAACCGCCGUUCCGCCGCCAGGGACCAGAAACAGUCGCUGGACUUGAUCGACGCCGUCGGUGCCGAGGAUUUCGUGUGGCCCAUGGAGUGCAGCCGGCCUCCGGGAGACCUCACGGACGCGCAGCGUUGGGCGAGGGGGCUCGCGGCAGCCCGGUUCGAGCUCGUGGACAGCGCGUUCUUCCAGAACGUCGGCAACCCGUGGACGGCCCAUCACCUGAACCUCCUGGGCCUCACGCGGGUCUGCUUCCUGCAGCGGCGGACCCGCGGCCGGACCUACGGGUACCCCCGCAUGGCACAGGCGCCCCAGGGCAGCGCGGAGGGGCUCCGCCGCGAACGCGGGCGCCGGGGUGCCAUGUACAACCAGAGGCCCGGGGACUUCGAGCAGAUGGUUCGCAUGGCGGAGCUGCGCGCGGCCGGCGCCGCGCGGGCCUAGCCCUCUCCUUCUUCCACCUCCUCCUCCUCCUCCUCCUCCUCCUCCUCCUCCCCCUCCUCCUCCUCCUCCUCC